GACAGUUGUUCAUUGCCUGUAAGGUCACUUAUAGAAAUGUUUUCAAGACUGCGAAGUAUAUUUGGGAGGAGGAAUGGACAACAUGGAGAGACCAGAGUGAGGAAGAAGGAAGCAGGCCCUAGGUCUCACUGGAAAACAUGGUUCUGGGGAAGACACCGGACUACUGAGGAGGCACCAUCCCAACUCUCUACUUACACAAAGCAGGACAAGCAGAUGGAGAAGCUGGAGGAACUUACCAUUAAGCUACAGAGUAUAAAAAAUGAGCAAAUUGAACUGAGUGCAAUCCUGGAAAGCUAUACCAAGAUAGAUUUUUAUAACAGGCUGAAAUCUUUUGAGAUGAUGAAAAAGGUGCAUAAGCAGGUAAUGUGUGACCUUCAGAGAUUUCCCUUGGAGAUCAGUGAUAACUUGAACAAGUGCAAGCAGCUGAUUGAGGAGAACAACAAAUGCUACAGUUUCCUCCACAGAAUUGGCCUACCAGAUUUGACUCAGUUGAAAAACAAUGUCCAUGCGUUGAAACUGGAGAAUGAAAAGCUGUUGGAGGAGCAGAUUGCACUGCAAGAGACCUGUGAGGAGGUGAAGAAGCUCCUUAAGGAGGUGCAGGAGAAGAUCUGUGACCCCUGUGCUGAGCAGCAUAAGGAAGAAGAAAGCCUGGAUGAAAGACCAAAGAACCUGAUGAAGCAGAAACAGUUGAUCACCCAGCACAGGGAUUUGGCAGAAAAGAUGGAGCAUCCUUUCAGUGUCUUAGAGAAGAUGUCAGAGCCCAAGUCAGAAGGAGUCCUUAGAACCAUGUCAGGAAAUCUCCAGUGUGAGUUGGAACCAGUCGCAGCCCAGGAAGAGAGCCUCCUGCAGAAAGAGCUGUUACAGCAGGAACACUGAUUCUCACAGGCAAGUGAGCCACCAUUACCUCCCAUCCACAGCAAACAUAGCAUUGCUGGGGGGAAUAGGGGACUUGUUCUUGGCUUCCAGUGUGAAUAUGCCCUCAUUUUUCAUAACCUGUGGAGAAACU